GUAGCUUCUCUUGCCUCACUGCAGCCUGCACCGCCAUUAGGCAGGCAGCAAGAGCAACCAGACCUUCUCUUUCCUAGCUUCCUCGGCAGCCAUGGAAUCGCUGGUCUGUGGUGCAGUAUGGGCUGCGACCUUGGCCAUGGUGAUGGCUUUCAUCACGUGGGCGUACAGGUGGAGCCAUCCGAAAGCGAGCGGCCGGCUGCCUCCGGGCUCCCUCGGCCUCCCUCUCCUCGGCGAGACCUUGCAGUUCUUCGCGCCGAACCCUACCUGUGACGUCUCCCCAUUCGUGAAGGAGAGACUGAACAGGUACGGGAACAUCUUCAAGACGAGCAUCGUCGGGCGGCCGGUGGUGGUGUCGGCGGACCCGGACCUCAACUACUACGUGUUCCAGCAGGAGGGGAAGCUGUUCGAGAGCUGGUACCCGGACACCUUCACCGAGAUCUUCGGCCGCGACAACGUCGGCUCCCUGCACGGCUUCAUGUACAAGUACCUCAAGACCCUCGUGCUCCGCCUCUACGGCCAGGAGAACCUCAGGGCAGUGCUCCUCGCCGAGACCGACGGCGCCUGCCGCGCCAGCCUCGCCUCCUGGGCCGGCCGCCCCAGCGUCGAGCUCAAGGACGCCAUCUCCACCAUGAUCUUCGAUCUCACCGCGAAGAAGCUGAUCAGCUACGAGCCGUCAAAGUCGUCCGAGAAUCUGAGGAAGAACUUCGUGGCCUUCAUCCGCGGCCUCAUCUCCUUCCCGGUGGACAUUCCCGGCACAGCCUACCAUGAGUGCAUGCAGGGGAGGAAGAACGCUAUGAAGGUGCUCAAGAAGAUGAUGCGGAAGCGGAUGGCGGACGCGGGGAGGCAGAGGGAGGACUUCUUCGACGUCCUGAUCGAGGAGCUGAGGAGGGAGAAGCCCGUCAUGACGGAGGCCAUCGCGCUCGACCUCAUGUUCGUGCUCCUCUUCGCCAGCUUCGAGACGACGGCGCUGGCGCUCACGCUGGGCGUCAAGCUCCUGGCCGAGAACCCCAGGGUGCUCCGGGCACUAGCGGAGGAGCAUGAGGCGAUUGUCAGGAGCAGGAAGGACAGCGAUGCUGGACUCACGUGGGCCGAGUACAAGUCCAUGACCUUCACAUCACAGGUCAUAUUGGAGAUAGUACGAUUGGCAAACAUUGUGCCGGGGAUUUUUCGGAAGGCCUUGCAAGACAUUGAGUUCAAAGGCUACACCAUACCGGCAGGUUGGGGAGUGAUGGUGUGUCCUCCAGCAGUGCACUUAAACCCCGAAAUCUACGAAGAUCCAUUGGCGUUUGAUCCUUGGAGGUGGCAGGACAAGGCGGAAAUCACCGGUGGAACAAAGCAGUUCAUGGCCUUCGGUGGGGGUCUCCGGUUCUGCGUGGGCACCGAUCUCAGCAAGGUCUUGAUGGCAACUUUCAUCCACAGCCUGGUUACAAAAUACAGUUGGAGAACUAUCAAAGGAGGGAACAUAGUCCGUACCCCGGGCCUCAGUUUCCCUGAUGGAUUUCAUGUUCAGCUAUUCCCUAAAGAGCUGACGCCUUCUUCUGUUCUGAACACAGCGUGUUCUGUCUGA